AUGUCUACCUUUGACGGAUUCAUAAAGGAUAACAUACUCGAGGUACAACAGUGGCAGCAUGGUAAUGCGCCAUGGUUUCAACGCGGGUGGACAUUUCAAGAGAGCUAUUUUUCGAAACGCAAGCUUCUUAUUGGAGAUGACAUGGCCUAUCUGUGGCAUGAAGGCCGUAUAGAGUCGAUGGACGGAAUGUGGUACCGCUCUGAAGAUGGGGCACAACUUACUUUGGAUGCCAGCAAGAGCAGCAGGCAGAAUCUCAUGGACCAGUGGUAUAGCAUGGUUGGAUCCUAUGUCCGGAGAAGGCUUUCUUAUGAGCAAGACAGAUUACCGGCCUUGUCUGGCGUCGCUAGGGCCUUGGCCACAUCCUUUCCAGACCUGAAGUAUUUGGCGGGAUUAUGGAAGGCUGAUCUUCACAAAUGGUUGUUAUGGAUGCCGGAGACCACACAAAACUACGACGAUUACAUCAAACAGCGUCAACAUGAAUAUAUUGCACCUUCAUGGAGCUGGGCCAGCCGUCCAGGCCCCGUUUCCUGGUUUCUUACUCCCCCCCCGAUUUAG